UUUAGGAAUGUGGAGACCAGCAGCUACGUCACCCACAAACCGCCUGGGGUGCCGUCGUUAGAGAACUUUUCCAAAGGCUGUGAGUUAGUAAAAACAAGCCCUUCGGGACGCUCGUCUCUGUCUCCAUGGUAACGUGGCGGACGCCCAGCCUCGGCGUUGUCGCGUUGAGCUGCCUGCAAGGGGGCGGAACUGGAGAGCAACGACGGGUCGAUUUCUUUCUUCCCAUAAAGGCAAAAUCAGUCGAAGAUGCCAUUUCACGACGGAGCAUACUACCCCUACACCGGUGACACCCAGGGGACCCACUCAUCAGCAGGGAUCCCAUCCCUCCUGAAUUCCCCGCUCAGCCAACACUCUGCGAACGGCCACUCUGUACCUGCACCCAGCAUGACUCCAUCCAGCGGAGCCUCCACUGUCCUUCCUUUCAAAUUCCGCCCUCGCAGGGAAAGCGUGGACUGGCGGAGAAUCAACGCCGUGGACAUAGACUUAGUUGUGAGCCAGCUGGACGUGGAUGCCCUUCAGGAGCACAUCAGCAGUGUUACCUUCUGCAGCCUGGAUGGGGAGCGAUGUCAGCGGUGCCAAAGCCCCGUGGACCCAGCUCUGAUCAAGCUCCUGCGGCUGGCCCAACUCACGGUGGAGUGGCUCCUCCACUGCCAGGAAUUUCUUACCCUCAACCUGCAUGCAGUGGAGGAGAGGCUUACAACCACUGGCAGUCAGCGUGAACAACUGCUGGCUCAGCAGAAGAAGCUGGAGGAGAAGGUGAAGAUGCUGACCAGCGAGCUCAAGCAGAGGAAGAAGGUUAUCCGCACCCAGCAGUCCCUGCUUGCGCCCCGAAUCAUCAACAGCCAGAAGUGUCCAUGUUGUGAAAAAUCCUUCCUCAACUCCUCGUUUCUCCAGAAUCACAUGCAGCGCCGCCACCCUGAUGAGCAUGAGAUGGAGUUGCGGUCGGACAGUGAGAAGAAAUCUCAAAUUGAAAGGCUCAAAUCUGAGAUCGGCAGUCUGAAGGAGCAGAUUGUUCAGCAGCAACAGGACCUGCAAGCCAAAACUGCUCAGGAAAAAGAGCAGCAGUCCAACUACAAGGACCUGCUGAGAGAAUUGGACCGUUUUAAGGCUGAGGAGAUGGCGCGCAUGGAUAGAAAGAUAGAAGACAGCAGGGACGGCAUGCGCAGGGAGAUGGAAUUUCUUUACACUCGAAACAUUCAGGCUCUCAAUGAAGCCAAUCAGAAUCAGACUGCCAGGCAUGAGAAAUCAGCCAGCCCUGUGCACUCACAGCCAGAGAGAGAUGUAGACAACUACAAAGAGAUGCAGAUACAAGCCAUGCAGAAGCUGGAACAGCAGCUGAAGAAGCAGGAUAAAAAGUGGGAAUCCAGGCUGCAGGAAAUAAAGGCCCAACAUGAAUCUGAAAAGAACCAGCUGCUGAACGAGCUGAGCAGAAUGCAAUCAUCUGUGUCCGAGCACCAGGAGAACAGCCACAGGCUUCAGCAGGAGAUGGGCAGGAGGCUUCAGGAGAAAGAGCAAACCAUCAAGGCUCAGAGGGAGCAGAUAAGGAAUAUUUCCUCAAACCCACCCACCAAAAUAGUGGAAGUACCAGUCAUUGUGAGUGCAUCAGCUCCGGAGCCCAAACCAAAGAGAGUUGUACUUGACUCGAGCAGCUUCUCUGAGAGGAAGCCAGUGGAGAAGAAGCCUGAGCCUGUACCAGAGAAAAAACAGAAGGUGUCCAGCAGUGCUCUGAAAAAGAACCCCAGCAUCAAGAAAGAGAUGCGGCCAGAUCUGGAGCAGGCUCUUAUUGAGAAGCUGUAGAACCUGGGAAUAAAGUCUGAUCAGAGUGGUCUGAAGGACAAAGAGCUCACUUCCAUCCUGGCCAAGGUGCAUUCAAAGCGGGAGAGCAUUGCAAAGGGGAUGCCUGAAUACUGGCGCCAUCGGGAGGAGUUAGCCAGCACGGUGGAGCAAAAGCUGGGCGGCGAGAGGAGAGGCAGCGACCCUGCUCCUGAGUCACAGGCCAGAUCUAGACAAUCAGUUCAAGUGUUGCAGAUCCGUCCUCGAUCCAGCAGCCUGCCCUCCAGAGCAACCCAGGUGAUGUCUGGACCUGCAGCCAAACAGCCCAAGACCCCUCAGCCGGCACCAAGGAUCAAGACCACCACUCAACCCAAGACAUCUACACCAAACACCAAGACCGCUCUGAAGAGCUUCACAUCCAGGACCCCUCCUUUCAGCUCAGAUGAGGAAUCUGAAGAAGAGGACACAGAUAUGGAGGAGGAACAGCCUCCAAAAAAACAGAGGGGAAAAACACCACAGCCCAGACUGAACCAGGUCCAAAUCAAAGCCAGUCCAGUACAGGCCAGGCAGGUGCCAGCCAGGCAUUCAUUCUCCUCCAACCCCCAGCAGACCAGGGGGUCAGUGGGUGGUGUGACCAAGACAGCAGUCACAAAGAUAGAGAGUGAUGAGGAGGACGAGUGGUCAGAUGUCAGCGAGCUGCAGGAGAUCGACCCAAAACGUCUCCAGAGUUUCAAAGACCAGAACGGCAACGUGGAGAAGAGAAACUUUGGCAAAGAGAACAAAAUCAACGACCUGGCCAGAAAAAUGGAGAAGCAGUUUGCAGAGAGAGCAAUAAAGAAACCAGCAGGGGGUGUCAGCAUCUUACCAGAGAGGAAGGACGAGGUUCGGGAGCUCACGUACACAGAUCUUGAGGAGAGCAGUGAGUGGGUGGUCUCCUCCUUAGAGGACAGACAGGAAAUGUCCAAAGCAGCUCAGGGCUCUGGACCAAUGAGGAAGAGCCUGGACUCUCCCAGCACCAGCGUCUGGGGAACCUCAACAGGAAAGGGCCCCAAAUCAGGAGGUCUGACUGAAGCUGGAACAGGAAGCACCCUGAAGAGCAGCCUGUGCUCCCUCAGUGACAUCAGUGACUCCGAGGACAUUAGCAAUAAAUACAAUAAGCACUACAGCUGAUCAGGUGAUGUAGCUCUACGCCAAGCACAGACACAAAGACCUCAGUCAACUUGUCUGACACCUACAGUCCAUGCCAAAUAGCCAUAUUUUAUACUGUUAUUAUAUGGAGAGAGCAAUACUUGAAGGAUAGCUUUGGUACUUUUAAAAACACAGGAUUCCCUUUAAAAAGACAUCUAGACAUUUGUAUAGAAAAGACGACCAUUUAAUCCACAGAUUAGAGAUAAAUGAGAUUAGAGCUUCAAUUGACUUGUCAUUUUCAGCCUCACUUUAUGCCUUGUGCCAAUCUUUGCUUGCCUUAGACCUUUUCAGUGUUCAUCUUUAGAUAGACUCUUUUUUAAACAUAUCCCACACUCCAAAUGAGAUGCUGUAUGUAGUGUGUGUAAAAUUUUGUACAUCAAAUUUUUAUAAUGUCUUCAUGUGUUAAAUGAAGCAAUGAGAUGUGAUUUUGUACAGAACAUAUUUAUACAAUCAAUAAAAGAUUUCUUUGUGAAAUACA